UGUUUUACCGCAAUGGAAAUGUGGUGUAUGUCAGAGCCCAAAAUCAACUCCUUCCUUUCCCUCCCAGACGGGUUCGCAGACAGCGCGACAUAUAAUGGCUCUGAUUUGGACACCAAUGUAGAUGUGACACGACCAGGCAAUCCCAGACAGAGAAGCCCAUGCUUCGACAGUCGCGAGAUGUGGAUACUCUCACAAAUGUGUCACCCGUCUGUAAAUGGAGGUUCUGUUCUCCAAAGAUUUCAAGGAAUUCACGCAAGUGUCAGACAAAGAACCAACGAACAAACGAGGCGCGAGUGCUUAGAAUUUUACGAGGAAGACGAAAUCUUGGUGAUGUCGCCUUCAUUUAAAAAGAAGACAGUGCCCUUAUCUGAUGAACUGUCAUACAGUCCCACUUACAUAGAUCAUAAUUAGCAAACUUAUUAGUACAAUAUUUGCUGACGAUGUAGAUGCCAUUAAAUGGGAAAUUAAGCAUG